CGUUUUAACAGGGAGGGGGGAGAGAUUUGACUGGGCUGCUGUUGCAAAAGGCCAGCUUUUUCAGAUUGCUUCUUCCCAUGCACAAGCCUCGACCUCUUACUCCUUUCACCAUACCAUACCAUCCUAAACCUACAAAAAACAUGACAAACACCGCACAAAAGAUCAUGUCCAGUGCCGGACAAGCACUCAAACUUGGAAUGAUUCCAGCUGAUGGAAUCGGAAGAGAAGUGUUACCUUGUGCAGCCCGUGUUCUUCAAUCAACACCUGGAGCGCCCAAAUUUGAAUUCGUUCAUUUGGAUGCUGGAUUUGAAUAUUUUCAAAAGCAUGGCACAGCAUUGCCAGAUGCUACCAUUCAAUCACUCAAAAAUGAUUGCGAUGGUGCAAUGUUUGGUAGCGUUAGCAGUCCUUCGCAUAAAGUUGAGGGUUAUUCAAGUCCAAUCGUUCGUUUACGUAAAGAGUUGGAUUUGUAUGCUAACAUUCGACCUGUGAUUGGUGUUCAUGGUACAAAAGAUGAUGACAAAUGGGUUGAUUUGGUUAUUGUUCGGGAAAACACAGAAUGCCUGUACAUCAAAAAAGAACAAUUGGAUCAAAAAGGAAGCGGAAACGGACCUGUAGCAACAGCUAUUCGACAAAUCAGUCAACAUGCAUCUUCUAGAAUCGGUAAAAAGGCAUUCGAAGUCGCUCUUGCACGUCAACAAAUGCGUGUCAAGGCAGGUAUUGCCGCUCAAGAGACUGGAAAGGCAAAAGUGACAGUCUGUCAUAAGUCCAACGUUCUUUCCGUAACAGAUGGCCUUUUCAGAACUUCGGUAAGAUCAGUCUUUGAAGAUGAUCAAAAGAGCAAAGGAGGUCCAGGACGCUUUGAGGGUAUCAGCAUGGACGAACAAUUGGUUGAUUCAAUGGUAUACCGCCUUUUCCGCGAACCUCACGUUUUCGAUGUAGUUGUUGCUCCUAACCUUUACGGUGAUAUCAUUUCCGAUGGUGCUGCCGCUUUGGUGGGUUCUUUGGGUGUUGUUAGCAGUGUCAACGCAGGUGAUAACUUCUUCAUGGGUGAACCCGUUCAUGGAUCUGCCCCUGAUAUCGCAGGACAAAACAAGGCAAACCCAAUCGCUUCCAUUCGUUCAGCCGCUUUGUUGUUAGAAUACAUGGGAUACACUGAUCCAGCUCUUAAAAUUUAUGCAGCUGUUGAUCAAGUCAUUCGCGAAGGUAAAUACCUCACACCUGAUUUGCACGGAAAGGCAACCACAACCGAAUGUCAAGAUGCCAUCCUGAAAGCUUUGACAAAUUAAAAGACGUCAUGCACCAAAAAUUCUGCAAUUAUGCUUGAUCGCCCUUUCUGUGAGAGAAUGUGUGAUUGAGAAUCGUAUACUACAUUGUCCAUUUCAUACUAGAUACAAUUGUACAAGUUCAGAUUACAAGAUUGUUACUGUGAGAGAGAGAAGUGAAUAUCCCUUAUGCUUUUCUUGAACGUUUCUUUUC